AUGUCAUCAAAGUCGAAUAAAGAGCCUGAUCAAUGGACAUUUGGAUCCCGAAUCCCAUACGCUGAGAACUCCUGGGCUGCUGGCGCACCAAGUCCUUAUUAUAAUGACUCGCAUCGAAGGUUGCGCAAGGCCUUACGCACAUGGAUGGAAAACAAAAUCAUACCCCAUGUGAGCGAGUGGGAAGUAACCGCGAACAUCCCUGAUAGCGUAUACCAGGAAGCUGCUCGAGCUGGGAUUCUCCUACCAACAGCAUCAGGGAAAAGUAUAGAUCCGACUCUAGCGAAACGGUAUCCAAUUAUCGGAAAUAUCGAUCCGGGAGAAUGGGAUGGCUUCCACGAUUUCAUUCUCCACGACGAGUUUGGUCGUGUCGGUGGCAUUGGUUUAGAAAAUGGACUUCUCGGCGGCGCGACACUUUGUACUCCAGCGAUCAUGAAGUUUGGCUCCAAGUCGCUGAAAGACGCGAUUUUGGACGACGUUCUUUCCGGGAAGGCUCGACUAGCACUCGCUAUCACGGAGCCUGAGGCUGGAAGUGACGUACGAGGUCUACAAACGGAGGCAGUAGUCUGCCCUGACGGGAAGGCGUUCAUCGUAAACGGCCAGAAGAAGUGGAUCACCGGCGGCAUGUACGCGACGUACUUCUUGACUCUCGUAAAGGAGGUCUCUGGCUCGUUCACUCUCAUAGUCGCCAAACGAUCCAAAGGCUUGUCAACGCGACACAUGGUAAUGUCUGGCUCGAACUCUGCAGGCACGGCUUUCGUUGACUUCGACGAUGUGUACGUCCCUCUCGAUAUGGUCGUAGGCGAGCGAGGCCAGGGUCUCAAGUACAUCAUGUCCAACUUCAACCACGAGAGACUAUUUAUUGCGAUGCAAUCUAUGCGAUGCUCUCGGGUCUGCCUAGAGGAUUCAAUAUCUUUUGCACUGACUCGAGAAACGUUCGGGAAGCGUCUCAUCGACCAUCCAGUCAUACGAUAUAAAGUUGCGAACAUGAGUCGCCAGGUUGAAGCACUCGGUGCUUGGCUUGAAAGCCUCAUCUUCCAGCUUCAAAAUCUUUCCCCAACUGAGGCAGAUUUUCUCCUCGCAGGCACCACUGCCCAAAUUAAGGCUCAUUCUGGCAUUGUACUCGAGCUCGUUGUGAGAGAUGCUGUACAAAUGAUGGGAGGCUUAGGACUUACACGAGGUGGAAGGGGUGAGCGGGUAGAGCGUAUCUGGAGAGACGUGAAGGCGAUCACUGUGCCUGGAGGAAGCGAGGAAAUCAUGCUUGACCUCAGUGCUCGAAGAGCAAUCAAGAUCUACGAAGAGAUCCAAAAGAGUGCUGCCAAGUUGUAGUGUUAGAAUUAUGUAGAGAGUCUUUGGCAAUCCUCCGUCUUAAUAUUGAC